GUAGCCGCAGAGUUUACAACUCCUUUUACUUCCCUCCUUUCUUUCUCUUCUGGCUCGCUCUUUUACUUCUUAUAAAUAUGCGAUUAUUAUCAUGGCCAUUGGUUACUCAAUUACUGCUCGCUCCUUUAGUUGUUGCCAGCGCCAGAGCUAGUGAAUAUAACGACUACAGUGAGAAUCUACUCCUAAAGUCUCUUCCGGGAAACUCCAUGUGGGUUUCCGCCCUCCUCCUCUCCUCUUUUCCUUCCCGUGACCAGAACUCAUCGUAAGGGAACCACAGACUAGCAUCCUUCCGCUUCGUUAGUAAUGGAACAUUUGACAGUCAUCAUUCAGUCUUCCCGCGCUCGCUUGCACAGAUCCUACAGCAGAGCCAAACGAAAGAGCUGCACUUGAAGUUUACGUUGGGCAGAUGGGAUGCUGAACAAUGGGGCAGGCAGGUAUGGGAUGGGCGGACUGCGGGGGGCACGGGUGUGGAGCUAUGGGCGUGGGUGGAGGCCGCGGAUGAUUCUGAGUUUGUUUGCUCCCCAUCGAGAUUUGGAAUUUCUAUUAACCUUGUGGCGAUGGUAGGGCGGAUGCGAGAUGGACCACGCUCAAUAAUGCGCUUUCGGGACUGUUUUGUGCUUCGCUUAAUUUUAUUGACUCUACGAGGACUAUCAGACCUGUUAUGUCGUUCCAGCCAGCCGGACAUCAUUCCCCAGAGAGAUUGGAGAGGCUGCACCUGCUUCACGGGACUCUUCCACGGGAGCCGGUAUGUACGGAGAAUUUGACGCCGUUCUUGAAGUUAUUGCCUUGUAAGGGCAAGGCUGGUAUCUCGAGUUUGUUGGAUGGCCAUAGGCUGUUCGAUGCCCAGUGGCAGAGUAUGAGCAUCGACGUAAUGCCUGUUUGUGAGGAGAAUGGGAAAUGUCAACUUCAGAUGGAGCAAACGGUGGAUAUGGUGCUCGAUGUUGAACGGUCAAUGGGAAAGAAGGACUCUCUGGUACCUAAACCCCCGCCGAUCGAGCAACUCUCAUGCGAUCAAGACAAGCCUUACGCCGGCGGUGAUUCUUGUUUUCCCCUUUCCGGUGUUACUGACCUCUCUUGGUCGCUAUCCGAAAUGUUCGGUCGCCCGAUCCGUGGUUCAUGUCCGUUGGCUGUUGUUCCUACCGAAGAGGCAACCCAUGUUUGUGUCAAUAUCGCUGAACAGCGGGCUAUCUUCGUUUCUCAGGGUUCCGAGGAGAGAAAGAAGUCACCCGAGUUGAGGUGCUUUGUUCUUCAUGGUAUCCUCAUUCAUAUCACAUCACAGGUAGAGGUCCUAACUUUGUCAUAGAAAAUCUUGAUUUCGACAUAGUCCUCCCAGAGCUUAGCCCCUCUACUAAUAUCCUUCUGACUCCUCCUCCCGUGUAUGCCUCCCGCUCCCUAACUGGGCACGGACAGGAGCGUGGGGGUAUCCAAGCGGUCCUAAACAACCCCUCUUCAAACUCCACUGUGGAGUUUGUGUAUCUUGAGUCACUCCCGUGGUUCAUGAAGCCAUACUUACACACGCUCUCUGUGACUGUUUCCGGUAAAGACGAUGGAAACGUUGUCCAGGACAUCUAUUACCGUCCCGCUCUAGACAGAAAACGUGGGACACAACUAGAAGUCAGACUGCGGGUCCCACCAGGAGAAACAGUCCUUUUGAACUACGAAUUUGAUAAGGCCGUCUUGAGGUACACGGAAUACCCCCCAGACGCCAAUCGUGGAUUUGAUAUUGCGUGAGUUACUAUACCAGUAGUAUUAUUGCUAUCACUAACACUAUCUAGCCCUGCAAUAAUCUCCAUCCUCGACCCGACUUCCCAAAAGUCUACAUUCUCGAUCAGAACAACUUCCCUACUCCUCUCCCUCCCAACCCCAGACUUUUCCAUGCCUUACAACGUCAUCAUCCUCACAAGCACAGUAAUGGCCCUAGCUUUUGGCUCCAUAUUCAACAUUCUUGUGAGGAGGUUUGUCGGCGCAGAUGAGGUUAUCGGCGGCGGCUUGGUAUCCAAGAUUCGUGGCCACAUAAUAGCGUUUGUAACAGAGAGGAGGAGGGCAGGUGGGAACAAGCCGAAGACAGAGUAGGCGUAAUUGAGAUUUCAAAUAUAUCAAUUGUAAUUUUUUGUUUUGUCUUGUUUUGUUUCAUAAAGUAAUUGGAAUUAACGGCGUUUUUAAGAGGGUUUGGUUGUGGAUGAAGGGCUAUGAUAUUUUAGGCAUUGUAAGAUUGAACCUAAAUAUUUGAUUGCGGUUUUCUCUCCUUUCUAUAUCCUUAUUGGAAAGUGCAGUCUUGCAGGGGGUUAUUCACUCGGGGCCGCCGCGCAGUAAAGUGUAUACACAUGCAAUAGUUAUCGAGGAGCUAGCACAUCAUACUUUGCAGUACAGUAACGUUCACUGCGGCCCGAGAUCAGUAACUAAAUCAACUAAGUUAGAUGUUAUACCGACGUUAGUGAAUUUGAC